AUGUUUCCCUCUACCCAAAUCCACACCUUAGACUGUCACUGCAUUAAAUGUCACAACAGUCAUCAGAAAUCUUCUUAUGCUGCAAAGCGUACUGAGACUUGUCGUAAUAAGAGAACUAGAGUUGAAGCCGCAAUGAGAAACAUGGAUGUAGAUACUGAGGUAAUCCCGACGUCUCGUUCCGAUUCUGCGGAAGCAAUGGACGGUCAGGCCAACUCACCUUUUUUGGAUGCCGCCUCAAUGUUUGACAAUGACAGAGAUGACAAUGAUUUCGAUGACAAUGUUGAAGAUGAAGUCAAUGAGAUCGAGAUUGAAGACUUCAACAGUGAAGACCCUUUUGCUGCUCCUGAUAUGCCCAAAAAUGAAGUCCAUCAAUUCAUAGCCAUCUUUAUGGUACUGUUUGCUUCACGUCAUGUUGUUGAUAAGGGUGCUGCUGUCUUGAUUGAGUUUAUCAACAACCUGCUGAGAAUCUACGACCAAGAUUUUCAAUUACCAACCAGUCUUGCCGGUUUACAAAAAAUGACAGGAUUUUCUGCUAUUACAAAAGGCAUCAAGAAAUUUGUGGUGUGCCAAGACUGUCAUACAGUAUAUCAGGAUAUCGUAUCUGCUCCUCCUCGAUGUGUUUCCUCAAAACUUGGUGCCAGGUCUGCAUGCAACUGUAAUUUGACGAAAUUCAUAUCUUCCGGUGCCUUGGUUGCAAAGCGUGAAUAUGUCUACCAAUCCAUUAAAAAUACAUUGAGCGUUUUCUUCCGUCGCCCUAGUUUCGAAGCCAAGAUUUGUCAAUGGAAUAAGGAGUUGAAGAUGGUAGAUACUCUGUGCGAUGUCUAUGAUGGUGCGAUAUGGAAGGAAUUAAUGGAUCGGUGGAUUGAUGAGAAGACAAUUGGACCUGAAGAGUUUGCUUCGAUGGAGAAAAUUGCAGAGACAAUGGUACUGCCCAGAGAUUACACCACACUGACAACCAAAAUUGGAAAGGGCUUCAGCUACAUGAAAGCGGACGAGUGGAAAUCAUGGGUUCUGAUUUAUUCUCCUGUCUUGUUGCAUGGUAUUCUCCCUCCAUUACAAUUCAAGAACUGGAUGUAUUUUGUUGAUGCAUGCCGAUACUACGUAAAGCCCAGCAUUACUUUUGAUGAGAUCACCACUGCCCACAGCCUGUUAGAAAAGUUUUGCAAUGCAUAUAACAUAGACUAUACCGCCACUAUUCUCACCUGCAAUAUGCACCUACACCUCCAUCUUCAUGAAUGCAUUCGUGAUUUUAGACCAGUGUAUGGUUAUUGGCUCUUUGGGUUUGAGCAAUACAAUGGUAUUUUAAAGAAUUUCAAGACAAAUGGCAAAGAUGGUUUUGAGGCGACCUACAUGAAAAAUUUUGUUCAGAAUGCAUAUAAGGGUGAUUAUGUCAAUGCUGUUCUUAAAAGUUCUAGCCAGAUCCCCUUCAUUCACACUCUGUCUAAACUUGUUACAACCUCCAUACCUGCCGCCACAGUCACCACUCUCUCUAGUCGCCCAUUCAGAUUGCAAGCAUUUGUUCAAGGCUACACUGAUCCUUAUAAUCCACCCAAGGGUAACGAGCCUCUUCCUCCUUCUACAUUUCCUCUAAAAUACAAAAAGCCAUCAGUAAUGGAUGAUUCCGACUAUCUCCAUUUACUUGAAUAUUACCAAGUCGCUUACAACCUCCCAGACCUUGCCAGCUAUCAGGACACGUCCUAUAAUCGCCCAGCACUUGACAAUCAAAUCAUCAAAUUGAAGUCAAUUAACAUUCUUGGUCAACACUAUCGAGGAACAAACAACAGCACAAUCAGUUGCGGAUCACUUGUUCAGGCAAAGUUUGUUG